AUGGCUACCAACGGCGCCUCGGGCUCGAAUGGCAAUGGCCAGGGCGCUAUUGUGCCCACUAAUAGCGUCACUGCGGGUAGUUCGAAUAUAAAGGCUAGGAUAGACCCUACUCUAUCUGUCGCAGAGGUGGUGAAACAGCUAUGCGUAAACCUGCAAAUGAAGAGGCCCGCAUCCGACUUUGCGCUACGAGACGAACAAAACGAACUCGUAACGGACCAGAACCUGCGGCGCAAGAUCAAAACGAAAGCCCGGCUGAAGCUCGUCAACGCGCCGCACGUCGAGGCCCAAGAAACGAUCGAGAAACUAGGUUCCCCAGGCGAGAACUCGCGCCUGGUACUCUUCAACCUUCAAAGCUUUAUCAAGGAAGACGUAUUCUGCGAGGCUUUCCUCAGCCGUGGGGGACUGGGCCUGUUGGUUGAACAUAUCCAUAUUUCGCACGGCAACGUCCUAGCCUACGCGUUAAGCGCCCUGCAGAACCUUAUGCAGCGCGACGACGGUUGGGCCGCGCUCGACGGCGCUCUCAUCGCACGUGUCGUCGACGUCCUUCAGCAGCCCUCUUCCCUCGUCAACGUGUGCCGGCCCGCCACUGCCAUCCUCAAACGUCUGGUAGAGGCGGACCCUUCGGCCCAGCCGGGUCCCCUCCUGGCUUCUUCCUCCCGCGGCCCGCCUCCCCCGCCUCCAGGCUCCGUAUACCGCUUUGGCUUUGACGCCGUGUACGAGCACCUGAGUCACGCGCCUCAUGCGCUCGAUACUGUUGUCUCCAGGAUCGGCACGGCCGACACGCAGCUCGCGUUACAUUCCAUCAUGCUCGUCACGGCGCUGCUUACACACGCCACGGACGCGCACUGGGACGCUCUGACGGCUAGACUAGACGCGCUAGGCACCGCACGCGCCGUCAUCCGUCUCAUGUCCUCACACAUGAUCGAUGACCUGCGUUCCACAGUCCUCGACUUCCAAUCCGCCCUGGCGCGCGUCUUCUACCGCAACAAAUCGACCUACGUCCAACCCGACUCCGAACCCGCACACGCAGCAGCGUGCACCGCAAUCCUCACAAACGCGCGCGUGGACUCGUGGGUCGAGCUUGGGUUCGGCUCUAAUGAUCCCGCGCGCGAGUUCGGCGAAGUCGGCGUUUUGGGGUUGUAUUGCUUGCGAAAUCUCGCGCUUGAGGAUGCGGAUGGGUUCGCGAGGAUUGCUGCGGAGCAGCUUGGGAGGCCGCCGUCGAGGAGGUGUCCGCUCGCUAGGGCCUCGAACGAGAUCGUCGAACUUCUCUCCGAGCAUUGGGCCAUAUUUGCACCGGGAUACGCCACGUCUCCGUCAUUCCAACCCUUCUUCCUGAACUUUUACAAAGUGCACUCAUUGGCGUUCGCAUUCUUUGUGAGGAUAUGGGACGAAGCCGGCGCGGAUAUUCGGGAUUUCGUCAGGGUUGUCGGGCUUGUGAGGAGUCAGGUCAAGCUGGCGUUGAGAGGGGAGAGUACGAGAGAGUGGCACGAGAUGGAGGACGACUUCCGUGGUGCGGGGGCGGAGUAUAGGCUUGUCAGGGAGAGGCAGAUGAAGGAGUUGGAAGAGGAGGAUGAUUUGUUGAGCAAAGUGCCCAUCCGAAACCUGCGCGAGAAACUUACAAGAGAGAGCAAGGAGUUCGUUCGCCAGCAACGGCUUCAUUGUCUAACAACGGGGGCCUGGUUCGCCCUCGGCGUUCCGGUCUCAAGCCCUCACCCACGCCGACCAGCUCGUCCAUAUCGGUUCUUACGGCUGGACCGCGGUAUGAAGUACCUUCACUACGUCGACGCCCCCACCAAGUUCCCCGUUCGCGACGGCCUCGAAGAUCUACCCGAACGCAUCGAACUAUCCCUCGUAUCCGAGAUCGCACUCGGUCAAUGCGCAUUGCCGCCCUCAGACUCCAACACCACCAACGGCCCCACGCAUAAAACGUCCUUUGCGAGCUCGCCCAUUGGCGCUGGAGUGGGCUCAACAUUGAGAAGUGUUGCGAAAGAUAGAAGGAGCGGGGGUGGUGGAAUUGGCGGAGGUGCAAGCGGAGGGUUGGUGGCGAAUCCGUUGAGUUUUAGUCUUAUGACGGGAGAAGGAAGCGCGGCGGACCUUAUUGCGCCCGACGCGGCUCGGUGGGCAGACUGGACGGACGGCUUGAACAUGCUCAGACGCGACGGCGGACAUGUCGGUAGCGAGAUGACGGCGGGCUUUGUACAAGCUUUGACGGAGAUCGGACUGAAGAUCAAGUUGCUCGAUUUGAGCGGCGAUAAAGUCGAGAUCCCUAGCGGACUCAGCGCCGGCGCGCCACCCGUCAACGCGGACUUUUAUUUCUCUGACUUCUACGAUCCGCAGUAG